AUGUUAUACGCACACGAUAUUAUUGACGACCCUUCUUUUGAAAUCGAGGUGACAAUCCUGGCUGAUAUGGGGUUACGUGCCGUUGACGCUGUUGGAUGUUUGGACCAAGCCGGGAGGAAUCAAUGGAACUUUGAAGAAGGUGAACUUGGACCAAUCGACAUUCACGACGCUGCCGAGAGAGAUCAUGGUUGGGAGUUUCAACAAGCUAUGGAUAAAGUAAUCAAAGCCAUUGGCUUAGGCUUGGUUCGUAGCCAAACGAUACUAUCACAGAUCAAUGGCUCUACGAUGGCGCAGCGACAAAACGAUACCUUAUGA